AUGGUGGAAUCCAUGGCCCAAAUGCUGAUGCUUUUCACCAUCUCUAUUUUCUCAUAUCUUUGUUCACCCUCUUCCGGUAUCAAGGUAACCCUUAUCCAUGGCGAUGAUCCCAAAUCCCCGUUCUACAACCCCAAAGCUAGUGAGUAUGAGCUCUUCCAGCAAGCAUUUGAUCGCUCCGUGGCUCGCUACAAGUACUUAAGCUCGCUUGCCACGGGAGAAUACUCUCCUACGGCAUUAAGAGCCUUUAUGCAAAGCAUUCCUGGUGAGUUCCUCAUGACCGUCGGCGGCAUUGGUUCUCCACAGAAUACCAGUUGCUGUUUGACAGUGGGAGGCAUGUGGACACAAUGCCUGCCGUGUUAUCAGUGCUACCCCCAGCAAGUCCCAGUCUUCAACCCCUACAAGUCAUCGACAGGUCCCUUGCAAAUCACCCCUCUGGAGGGUCCACUUAAAGCAAUGCAUCGGCACGGGAUGCCAUUUUACGAUUCAGUGCAACGAUGGAUCUAUGUAACCGGAAAUAUCAUCAUUGACAUUUUGACUUUUGAGCCAAUCAAUCCAAAUAGAGUUGAAAUCAGUGUUAAUGGAGCCAAAGUGCAGAGAUAUGCCUUCGGAUGCAACCAUGUAUAUGCAGGAGGUAGUUUUGUAAGACUCCCUGCUGGGAUCAUCCGUUUUGAGGAAGGGAUGCUCUCGCAGAUAUCCCAAAGGGUCAGGGCCUGUCGAUUCCCAUACACCGACUUUCGACAAAUCCAUCGAUCGCUGGUUAUCUUACGUGUCAUAGACAUCAGUGUGGGAACCACCCCCCUCCACAUCCCACCAUGGACCUUCAAUCCAACUGUGGAUGAUAAGAUCUUCGUCAUAGAUUCCGGCACCUCCGUCACAAGAAUGAAUGAGACAGUGUUUAAAAUGAUUGGGAUGAAAAUUAGUUCAAGCACCCCCGUCCCCGACCCAGCGAAGCGGUACAAGUAUUGCUACCGAAUAAAUGAACCGGUCGACGUAUGUGCCUUACCAUCCAUUACAUUCCACUUUGACAAGGCGAAUUCCACCGGAGGGAUUCUAUGCACACUCAAGCUUGACCAGAUUUUCGUGGCAUCCCUGAAAGCUCUUGCCCUAAUACAAUUCACCAUCUUCAUAUCUUCUCCAUCUUUCGCAGGGAUCCGGGUAGCCCUCACCCAUCACGAUGAGCUCGGGUCACCAUUCUACAACCCCAAUGCCACUAUGUAUGACCUUGUAAGGCAUGCUUUCGCCCGCUCGAUGACUCGUUAUGAGUACUUAACCUUGACUGCCACAGAAGAAGAAUACUCUCCGGCAGCAUUCAAAGCGACAACUACCUCCAUCAGUGGAGACUUCCUUAUGACAGUUGGUAUCGGGGCCACAGCUGCACGCUAUUAG